AUCAAACAAUUGAGUGGUCCAUGCGUUUAAGAGUGUCUCUUUAUAUUGCUGAAGCCUUGGAUUAUUUUAGUACUGAGGGUCGUCGAUUAUACCAUGAUUUGAAUGCGUAUAGGGUUCUCUUUGAUGAGGAUGGUGAUCCGCGCCUUUCAUGUUUUGGCUUGAUGAAGAAUAGUAGGGACGGGAAAAGUUACAGCACCAAUCUUGCCUAUACACCUCCUGAGUAUUUAAAAAAUGGAAGAGUCACCCCAGAAAGUGUUAUCUACAGUUUUGGAACUGUCCUUCUGGAUCUGUUAAGUGGCAAGCAUAUCCCUCCAAGUCAUGCUCUUGACAUGAUACGCGAAAAGAAUAUUGUUCUUUUAAUGGACUCACAUCUGGAAGGAAAGUUUUCUACAGAAGAGGCAACAGUAGUUGUCAAUCUUGCUUCUAAAUGUCUGCAAUAUGAACCUAGGGAGCGGCCUAGUACGAAGGAGCUCGUUUCAACACUUUCUCCUCUGCACACUAAACCCGAUGUAAGCAACUUUUCUCUUAUUGCAAUAUCAGAUAUGUUGUUCCAUUCUUCUGAGCUACAUCAUCUUU